AUGUCAGCGAUCAGCUCCAGUCCAGAUGAUCCAGUGAUCCGGAUUCUUCUGAUGGGCAGAAAUGGUUCUGGGAAAAGCUCAUCUGGAAACACUAUACUGCGAGAAAGAAAGUUUAAAGUUCAAAAACGUAAGAAGAAACAUGAAGCUGAAGUUUGUGAAGAAGCAGCACAGAUUGGUGGGAAGCAGAUUCAUGUGAUUAAUACUCCAGAUCUAUUGGAUCCAGAUCUCAGCAAAGAGAAGUUUGAAAGUCUGAAAGAGCAGCUGGUCUCUAGAUGUUCAGCAAGUCUCAGUGCAGUUCUGCUCACCGUUCAUCUAGAGGAACCUUUGCAUAAUGAAGAAGAGAUCCUGGAUUUUAUUAAAGGUUUAUUUGGUCCUGAAGUCCAGAAAUACAUCAUGAUUCUGUUUACACACAAAGAUGAACUGGAGGAUCUAGAUGAGACCAUUGAUGAACAUCUAAAAAAGCAAAACAAUGCAGAUUUCCAACAACUGGUCACUGAAUGUGGAGGAAAGUUUCACUGUUUCAAUAACAAGAAAGAAUCAUAUGAUCAGAUUCAAGAACUACUGCAUAAGAUUGAAAGAAUGAUGACGGAGAACAGUGGGAAAUUUAUCAUGAAACACAUGAGGAGGAGAUCAAGCAUGGAUUUUCCUGAUCCCAGCUUUUCAGGAGAGUCUCUAUCAGAAGAUCUAGAUGAGAUUCCAGUGAUUCGUGAGAAGAAAGACCAGAUCAGACUGGUUCUGCUGGGAAAAACUGGAUCUGGGAAAAGUGCCACUGGAAACACCAUAAUCGGCAGAAACCUGUUCAAAUCCACUACUAGUACAGUCUCUCAGACGAAACAGUGUCAGUUAGAAACUACAGUGAGGUUUGGUAAAGACCUCUUAGUGAUUGACACGCCUGGACUUUAUGAUCCUGGACUUAGUGAGGAGGAAGUUAUAAAAGAAAUAGUUAAAUGUGUAAUGUUUGCUUCUCCUGGACCACAUGCUUUUAUUAUCGUGAUUAAAGCAAGUCGAUUCACAGAGGAAAAUAAGAAAACAAUAGAGAAACUCAAAGAAGUGUUUGGAGAACAGAUAAUAAAAUACACCAUGAUCCUCUUCACUCACAAAGAUGAAUUAGAGAAGGAAGAUAAAACCAUUGAGCAGUUUCUACAGGGUAGUGAUUCAGAUCUUCAGUCGCUCAUACACAGUUGUGGAAACAGAUACUUCUUUCUGGACAACAACUCUGCCAGUUUCCCACAGUUCAAAGAUCUGAUUGGGAAAAUAGAGAUGAUGGUGACAGAAAAUGGAAGAGAAAAUGGAGAGACACACUUCACCAAUGACAUGUUUUAUGAAACAGAGAACCGCAUUCAGGAGAUUCAGAAUCAGAAACUGGAUGAGAAAGUGAAACAGUUCAAACAGGAACACAAACGAGUCACUCGAACAGAAUGGAUGAAAAUAUACUGCCGGUUAGCAGAGGAGUGUCGACGUGAUGCUCUUAAGUUCAUUGUUGCUGAAAUCUGUGUAAUUGGUGUAGAUUUCUGUCUAAAGAGAGUGUCGAUACUGCCUGCCAGUGGUCUUGAGGAGGCUGUAAUCCAGGCUUUGAAGAAACUACUAAACCAGAAGAUGUGUGCAUUUAAGUGAGAAACUCUAUGAUGAUCACAUGUACAUGCUUACUGAAGGACAGCAACCUGUUGAGCUUUUUCAUAAAACUAUUUAAACUGCUAUUUAAAAU